CUCACAACGUAAUCAUUUAAUUAAUGCCUUGAAAUCUCUAGCUAAUCAGUCCCCAGCCACAUCCGCUUCAUCGUCGUCCUCGGACCAACUGGACGAUUUCUAAGCCAGGGCAAACUCGGUCUUCUUGUUGUCCCGAGCAUCAAGCAUUGUCAGCACAACCAUUUUGGGAUGAAUUGCAAUAAGUAUGAUUGGAGCGGCAUUACUGACGCAGCCGAGAGAAAGAAGAGGCAGAGUCGACUAAGACAGAGAGCAUGGCGCGAUAGAAAACGAGCUAUUGACCGUUUAAACGCCCCUGCAGACUGGAAGAGUCAGAAAUGGGAAGGCUAUGGGAUGCUGGUUAGUUUGAAGCCAGAUCAAUCAAGUCAUCCCAGCUCUUCUUCGAAUCAUCCACAGAGGGUUGAGGUAAUGAGCCCAAGACACCACGAUCUACCCUCAUUGGAUACUGGGGAACUUAUACCGCCACUGCUACCUUACUCGACACUCAAUGCACCAGGAGAAUCACCUCACCCAAUUGUAUUUCCACUUUCGGCAGACCACUGCCUCAUCACACUUGUUCAGUACAAUGUUGUCCAAGCCAUCAUACAAAACAUGAGCAUUCUUUCAACCUUACACCAUCUCCCGCCAGGUUGCCAAAACGCGUUCGGCGUUUCCAAAAUCAAUUUUGUGGCACAGCACCGAAUUCCAGAGGAUCUCCAACCAACGCACAUACAGCGCGUAAUAUCCGCUCCUUUCUGGAUCAACGCUAUCCCAUUCCCAGGCCUCCGUGAUAAUCUCAUUCUUAUGGCCGAUAGAUACAAUCCUCGUGAGCUUCUCCUUGACCUGGGGCUGAGGGUGUAUGAGGGCUUUGAUGAUACUGAACGAUGUGGCUUCUUGGUAUGGGAUAGUCCAUGGAGUGGACACGGAUGGGAAGUAAGUGAGGGAUUUGUGAGAAAAUGGGGUUUCUUGCUGAAGGGGUGUGAAACGGUACUUGAGUCAACGAACCGCUGGAGACAGAUGCGUGGAGAGGAUAAACUAGUUAUCAACCUUAAAUGAGGUAAUAUUCUACUCAAGUAUUCUUGAUCAAAACGCGCCGCGUUUCGUCUUUUGGGCCAAUCAGAGCCUUUAGAUUUCUACCCCC